CUCGCGAGCGUCGCUAUAUAAUAAUGUCGCUCGCUUUGACAUAUGUUUUCAUUUGCAUUAUAACGGCCUAUUGCGCUGCGCUGACAUACGCAGGAGAAUGUCGAAUAAGUAUUAUAGACGACAUGGAUAUCAAGAAUUCGCCGAUGGUCGUUACCCAGGAUGAGAAAAACGAUCGGCCGAAUUUCGUGUACCCUACCCCGGACGACCCGGCCAAUCUUCGCUUCGACGAGGGCGAGGAGAUAUCCGUGUUCUGUCCGGGUCAGGAUUUCCGUGGCAUACGCGUCACGGAGUCCGGACACUUGCAACACUCUGCCGCCGGUGUCGGUGGAAAGAAAAAAUCACAAAGAUCCAACCGUAUCGACGAGGACGUGGAGACCGUCAGAUGCGUCCAAGGCAACAAGAUCAAAUUCGACGGCAAAAUCGUGGACUUCAAGACUCUGUCUUGCAACUGGACCGAGAAGGCGAGCCACGGCCCGGUCAUGAAGGAGACCAACGAGAGAUGCUCGAGGGGUCGGAAAUACGCGAUCGGCUUCGAGAUGGCCGACGGGCGAUUCUUGGAGACGAUACACCUGUGCCACGACGAGCAGGUGUCGGAGACGCUGUGGUCGCACAACGUCGUGCUGCCCACGAACGUGCACGGCUUUAGACAGAAAAAUCCCAAGAGGCCGAAUUUCCGGGCUGGUUUGCUUUACAAAAACAUAUCCAUGUCCGCAAAGUGUCCUUACAAGAUAACGAAUCAGCUCGAGACGCUGAAUCAUAUUCUUGGUAAAAAUAACGGCGAAAAAUACGUGUCCACCGAGCUGCGCGACACGAAAUUCUUGGCAAGAGGACACCUGACCGCCAACGCCGACGAGAUCUACAAGACCGAGCAGGAAGCCACCUUCUUCUACGCCAACGCCGUGCCCAUGUGGCAAUCGAUCAACGAGAAUCCCGGAAAUUGGUACCUGGUGGAGGAUUACGUGCGCGAGCUGGCGUUCGCGAAGAGACGACCCCUGGACGCCUGGGCCGGUGGCUUCGGAAUUCUCGAGCUGGAAAACAAGCCGAUCUUCUUGACGACCAAGAAGCAGAUACCCGUGCCGAGGCUGCUGUACAAGUGCGUGGUCGACCGGGAGGCCAAGGAAUCCGUCUGCUUCGUGGUCGUCAACAAUCCGUAUCUGAGCAAGAAGGAGUACGCGGCGAACGGAGACAAGUACGACAGAUGCGAGAAACUCAAGGCGUGCAACGCCAUCUUUCCGAAUCACAACGAUCUGGAACGCGGACUUAUGUAUUGCUGCAGUCUGAACGACUUUUAUCGAAGGAACAGGCAGCUGCUGGGAUUGGACGAAGUCGAGAAGUUCUUGAAUUACAAGGUCAUGAAGUUGCCACCGGUCGUGAGAGCCAAGAAGGCAUUGAGAAAGACUACGAGAAAGACCGUUAAAGGAUAAUAAAAUGAUGGCUUUAUUCGUAAAUACUCCGAAAGUAUUUCAAUGACACGGAGACUUGUGAUUUUAAAUUUUAUUUAUUUUUCCCUGCAAUAAUUGAUUGAAUUAAUAGACUAAAUAUUUUACAAUCCUCUGAACUCAACAUUUGCUACUAUUUUUGACUCUCACGUAUACAAAUUUAUUUUUCGAAUCGUGUAACUUCAGUAUUUGUUAUCAGUACUGAUCCCACGAAACCUUGUACACGUGUGUUAGCAUACAGCAGGCGCUGCAUUUAAUUCUGCAAUGCCACACAUGGCGUAAUGUGAUGUAUUUAAACGGUAAAUAAUCUUUGUUAGGUUAGUUUCUUAUAGAAAUUUGGCUGGUUUUUGCAUAUUUACAUGUAUAGUGCAGCAAAGAUGAAAGGAAAUUUUGCAUAUCUCACAAAAAAAACUAUUGGGAUCGCACGCAAUGUAGAAUUUUUUUAAAUCAUCGAAUGAUUAAUUCUUUACAAAGGUAUGACAUUUGAAACAAUGAGCAUGACGCAACAGUCGCAGUAAAAAAAAGAAGGGGUAUUAUUAUUAUAUUGACGCUUUUUACGAAGAGUAGUAAAAUCGACUUCCUUGUUGCAACGAUUUUUAAGAUUUUUACGUAUUAUAUUACUAAAUACAAGAAAAAGAAUAAAAAAUGGAAAUUACAUAUCUUUACAUAUCUUCCUCAUUCAGAUAUGGGGCGAAUAUUGCUCA